CGAGCCUUGGAGCGACUACGCACAUGGCCAGACCAUGAACUGUUGCACGUUAAACGGGACUGGAAUGGAAGCGCCGACAGCCUAGCAAGUGCUGCUCUACAACGGCAAUGCGGGAUCGAACUGGAUCUGUUGGAGGAUCUGGAUCCACAGCGUCUGGUGAUCUGCGGUUACUCAAACCUAGUGAUCCGACAAGUACGAGGUGAGAUCGACUGUAAAGCGCCAGGUCUGACACUGUUACGUCAGCGAGCCUUGGAGCGACUACGCACAUGGCCAGACCAUGAACUGUUGCACGUUAAACGGGACUGGAAUGGAAGCGCCGACAGCCUAGCAAGUGCUGCUCUACAACGGCAAUGCGGGAUCGAGAUAGAGUCUGAGGCGGAGAUCCAGGAUCUCAUAACUUUGAAUCGGCUAGAUGAGAUCCUGAUAGUGAAAGCCGAGGAAGAGAUCGCACAGGUAUCCGCGGUGACGACCCGGUCGAAGGCUAGACACUCCUUACGUGAGGAAAUCGUGAGAGAGCUACGGAUCGAACGGAUCCGGCAAGCGCAGGACGAGGAGUCGUGGAUCACGGGCUUGAAGAAGUAUCUAACCGGGGAGAUCCGGGAUCUGACCCAGGAAGAGGCUAGAUCGUUCGGAUCCAUUGCCAUGAGUUACGAGGUGGAUCAGCUGGAUCUACUGUUCUAUUGCCCGACAUCCAAGGAAGCGGCCGCAGAUCGGGAUAAGCUGAUGCGACUAGUGAUACCCGAAACGCUUCAACAGGACAUUCUACACCAUUAUCACACGAGUCUACAAGGCGGUCACCAAGGGAAGAGUGUACAACGAUAUGUGGGGGAAUGCGUCGACUCUGAGACAGGCAAGGGAAGACCUCGGAUCCAAGGCGAGUCGCUGGGUAAUCUUCAGGCAACGUACCCAUUUCAGAUCAUUGCCAUGGAUCAAAUACCCUCGCUGCCUAGAUCCUUCAACGGCAACACCGAAUUGCUGAUUUUCGUGGAUCUGUUUUCAGGAUACGUGAUCGCCAAAGCUUGUGCCUCCAGAUCCGCUCAAACAAUCGCCGAGACUUAUGAAGAAUAUGUCUUUCGUCGGUUUGGCGCGAGCGAGGUGAUCCGACAUGAUCGGGAGCCGGGCUUUAUGUCUGACUUCUUUAAGUUGUUCAACAAGAUCCUAGGGCAACGGCAACGAGCUACUACGGCAUAUAGGCCUCAAGCCAACGGAUCCGCAGAACGCAUGGUCCAGACCACUACCAGAGCUCUUAAGAUGUACGUGGAGGAUCUGGAUCAGCGAGAUUGGGAUGAGUAA